CCUUCGGUUCAUUCUCGUCUCUCUAUAGUGGAAUUUUUAUUUGGUAAGCCUGUAUUUCUAAGAUUCCAAUUUAAUGUCAUAAUCUUAAAACGUUUCCAGUUAAUCUCUGCACCGAUAAAAGGUCUUCAAUUUUGAGUGAGAUAAAGUUUUGAAUCCAGGAUUGUUAAAACAUGGAUAUGAAGAAAAGUAAUGGGACGAUCUCCAACGAAAGACUUUGUAGCACGAUUGAGUACUGUACAGAUACGGAUAAUUCCUUUCACAUAGCCAAUGUCGCGAUCAACAUUUUUUUCUGCGUUCCUACUGUAGUGAUCAACUUGAUUCUGUUCGUAGCUGUUUGUAGAACAUCAACACUUCGCACGCCAUCCAACAUUCUUAUAUGUGCCUUGGCAAGCACAGACUUGUUUGUAGGACUUACGACACAGCCGUUGUACGCUGUUUUAUUGUAUAGUAUGACCACGAAUCUACCACUAUCAAUCAAGUGUGUUCUCCAAACUAUGAGUCAUAUUUUGGGAAAUGUAUUUGUUGGUAUGUCCUUUCUGACCUUCACAGCCAUCAGUGUGGACAAACUGUUGAUGGUUCAUUUUCACCUCAGAUACAACACUGUCGUCACUAACAAGAGAAUCACCUUUUGCGUACUGGUCUUUUUAGCCAUAUGCGCUGUACUUGCCGUCUCAAACAUAUUUACAAUGAGGGAUUACACAAUUAAAGUUACCACUCUCACGACCAUUUGUUUCAUCGUCGCAUUCAUUUCCUACAGUAAAAUCUACCGUACAGUGAUACGACAUCAAAAAGAAAUCCACGACCAGACGAUGGCUGUUGCUACGAGGGGGGGCAACAACAAGGUGCUGGAGCUGGCCCGAUUCAAGAAGCGUACCUUUAGUAUGAUGUGUAUCUACGCGAUCUUCCUAUUGUUCUAUCUGCCAUAUAUUUGUAGUAUAGUAUUAAUACAAAUAUUAGAGCAUUGUCUGAUAUUGGAGAUAAAAAUCUUUUCUGGUACUCUGAUCUUCGUUAAUUCGCUUGUUAACCCUGUAAUAAUUUGCUGGAAGAUGAGGGAAAUAAGAAAUGCCAUGAAGGAGCUGGUAUGCUUUAUGUGCUCAAAGCAAAACUAAAUUCUCACAACGACAAAACGAAAAACAAAAACAAAAACUAAAAAACAAAACAAAAAACAAAAAAACAAAACAAA